AUGGAGUCCCAAGGUCAGCAUGGAAGUGGCAGUUCAUUAGUGGUCCUUCAGCAGCCUUCUUUGGACAGCCGGCAAAGGGUGGACUAUGAGAGAGAGCUUCAGCCCCCCACGAUCUUGUCUCUAGACCAGAUCAAGACUAUCAGGGGCAGCAACGAAUACACGGAGGGCCCAUCUGUGGUGAAGAAGUCUGCCCCACGGACAGCUCCCAGGCAAGAGAAGCACGAAAGGACUCAUGAAAACAUACCGAUUAAUGUGAAUAAUAAUUACGAGCACCGGCCCAGCCACCCGGGGCACGCGCUGCAUCAACACAACGCCAGGGCUCCAGUGCUCAGCAGGUCGACCAGCACCGGCAGCGCAGCCAGUUCUGGAAGUAACAGCAGCGCUUCCUCGGAGCAGGGCCUACUCCUGAGGUCGCCCCCGUGCAGGCCAGGGCCGGGCCACAGAUUGGAAAGGCCCAUCUGGACGCAGCCCAAGCCAUCGUCUCUGGUCGUGGAGGACCUGAAGAGUCCUUUGAAAGAGGACCUGGCCCAGCACAAGUUUAUCUGUGAACAGUGCGGGAAGUGCAAGUGUGGGGAGUGCACAGCACCCAGGGCCUUGCCCUCUUGCCUGGCCUGCAACCGGCAGUGCUUGUGCUCUGCGGAGAGCAUGGUGGAAUACAGCACCUGCAUGUGCCUGGUCAAAGGGAUCUUCUACCACUGUUCCAACGACGAUGAAGGGGACUCCUACGCAGAUAAUCCUUGCUCUUGUUCCCAGUCGCAUUGCUGGACUAGGUACUUGUGCAUGGGAGCCAUGGCCUUGGUUUUGCCUUGCCUGCUCUGCUAUCCUCCGGCAAAAGGAUGCCUGAAACUGUGCCGGGGGUGUUACGACCGGAUCAAUCGCCCAGGUUGCAGGUGCAAGAACUCCAACACAGUUUAUUGUAAGCUGGAAAGUUGCCCCUCGAGGGGUCAAGGCAAGCCCUCCUGA